AUGGGUUGCAUGGACAGGUUGACAAGAACGGCAGAUGCCUCGCAAAGAUAUCUCUCCCAGGACCUUGAUUCCUCGUACAUGAGCGUGGUCCUCGUCAUCUGCUUCCUCAUCUCAGGUCUCAUUGACAGUGUGGCAUUCAACACGUGGAAUUGUUUCGUCAACAUGCAAACCGGAAACACCGUCUUCGCCGCCCUCGGACUGGGUGGCCAGCCACAAGCCAGUCACAAGCAGCAGUAUUACAAGUCCCUGACGUCCAUUGCAGCAUUUUGCUUGGGUGCGCUCUUCUUCAAUGGCCUGCAUCGCUAUCCUGCAGGCGCUGGCCAAUCAACAUUGUCCCGGAGAAGAGUCAAUCUCAUCGUGUCAUUCUUUACCCAGACCGUGUUCAUUGUCAUUGCCGCAAGUUUGGUCUCCACGAACGAAGUGUCAAAUCAACCAUUCGUCGCUGGCACCUUCUCUUCCGGGAACGACGAGAUACCUUCGUCCAUGAUCAAUUUCUUGGAUCUGUGUCCCAUCGCCUUGAUCUCCUUCCAGGCAGCCGGGCAAGUCACCCUGUCGAGAAUGCUCUCCGUGGUCGAGCUGCCGACAAUCGUUCUGAGUGCCUUGUACCACGACGUUUGCGCGGACCUGUACAACAUCCGGGAUUCCUGGAGGAAGAGCUCCAGUCUGUGGGAGUUUGUGGUGGUGAGCGAGAGAAAGCAGGAGAGACGAGCGGCGUGCAUCGUGGCACUUUUCCUCGGCGGAAUCCUUGGUGGUGAGAUGUACAAAUCAUCGGCCGGAAUGGGCGGAGCACUGUGGCUUGCAGCUGGCUUGAAACUCGGCAUCUUUAUCGGGUGGUUUUUCUGGAAGGGACAGAAGGGGGACGACGAUGACUGUCGCGGCGAUCAACUACCGCGGUGA